ACUCAUUAGUUGUUAAUAUUGCUAUAGUGAAGAAUAAUAUUGUAUAGACUGUAAAUUGUAAUAUCAGUUGUUUGUAUAUUUAUUUAAAAAAAAUUUAAAAUUAAAUCAUGACUUCAUUAAUUUCAUCUAUAAUAUUUCGUCUUAAACUGGCACAAGUAAUUCUUUCUUUUGGAAGUAUCAUACCAGUGUUCGCAGAAUUGUCUGUUACCUUUUCACAGUUCACGUCAGAUUUCGUGUACUUAACGUUGUACAGUUAUCUGGGCAUUGGUAUUAUCACUCUAGUGAGCUUAUGUAUAGCAGAACCAAUCUCCGAUAAAUUGGCUCUAUACUCUUCGGGUCUGGCCGUGAUCCUGCACCUAAUAUCGGCAUUCUUUAUCAUUAAAGACGUGUUCGGCUACGAGGAGCUAUGGGGACUGCGGAUCAUCAGCGGACUGUGCACCGUAGCGAACGCCGUGGCCUACGGAUGGGAAGUGUUGUACGCAACGAAAUUUAUCCAUCACUGAUGAUCACCCGCCGAUGACGGCUCUCUACGCCGGAAAAAAAGAAACGACGAUCAGUCGAAAAUUCAAUAUAUUUAUAUAAUAGGUAUCUUUUUUGUUCUCUCCUAUAUGGGUACUAUAUUAUUUAAUUUUCCGUCGCCACAUUAUCGUAUAGUAUAUAUGUAUAUAAUAUAGAAUAAUGAAUGUCGCUAUCGUAUUUGUACAGGUAUACCAAUAUAUAAUUUAUAAUAAUAUACUAUUUAUAAUACA